CCUCAAAUUCUGGAAUACUGCUAUCGUGUCCCCGCUAUUUCUUCUUUUCUCUAGAUUAGCCACACCCAAGUCCUGCAGCCGUUCUUCGUAUGUUUUAGUUUUCCAGGCCUUUGAUCAUUUUUCCCCCCCACUCGUCUUAAGCACGUGAUGUUCAAAUAGACAAUGUUGCAUUAAACCAGGGCUUUCCAAGUUCGGUAACUUUAUAAGACUUGUGGACUUCAACUCCCAGAAUUCCCCAGCCAGGCAUGCUAUUCUCCCCCCCCACACACACACACUGCUGGCUGGGGAAUUCUGAGAAUUGACAUCCACAAGUCUUCCAAAGUUGCCACGCAUGGAGAUCGCCCUAGUUUAAUGCAACUUAGCAUUAAAUUUCAAUGUGCGCUUGCGACGACGCACUGCCAAGGCUUGGGAUGCUUUCCUUCUGAAAACCCGUUUCCCCCUGCCCCCCCUGCUUCAAAUCCUCCUUCCUCUCCUCCCUUACCCUCCUCGGGUUGCAUAAAAUGACCCCCUCCCCUCUUUCGGGCCGGACAUACACAACCUGCUUUGUAGGCGAUGCUAAAUCAUGCAUGACUUCUCUCUCAACCACUGGAAAGGGAGGUGUUUAUUUUAAUUUUAUUUUUUUAAAUGGAGGGGUCUCAUGAGCACCCAGGUAAGGAGACCCUCCCCCCUCCCAGCCCCUCAACCUUCUGUUAGGAGCAGGUGACAUCACUUCCUCCCCAUCCUCCUCCUUAGCAUUCCCCCGCCCCCUUUUCCAAAGUCUCCGAUGCGACUCUGUUCAGUUCCACACGCAAAUAAGUCCUUCAGGCUCCCCCAUCCAAGGACGUUGCAGCAGGCUUUGCGUGGGGUUCUCGCCCCCCCUUUUUGCAGACUUUUCUGUGGUUUUUCUUCUCUCUCUCCCCUUCCUCUAAAAACCCUCCACCAGUCCAAGAGGGACAGAGAGGCAAGCUUGAGCUAUGAUGUCCCUCGGAGUCUCUCUUCGGCUCUUUUUCCUCUGCCCAGCAUUUUCUCUGCCCGUCCCUGCUCAGCUGUCCAAGGAGGAUGAAACGGUGGUUAAAUGCAUCUCAGAAAUCUUAGCAGAUGCCCUUUCCAGAUCCAGCCCAAUGCCGGUGACCAGCGAAUGCAUGAAGAUCCUGAGGGAGGACGAGAGAGUCCUCGCGCUGCUUCAACAUCGGCAUCUUCUGACUGAGUUGGAGGAACUUGCCCAUCAAGAAAAUGCGAAGCAUCUCCUGGCCCAUGAAAUUAACCACAAUUCUGGGGAAGAACAGCAACAAGGAGAACUCCAGAAGAGCGAUGGGCUUGCUCAGCAGAAAGAAGCUGAGCGAGCUGGCAGAAAGAAAGAAGAUGAGAAGGAGGAGGAGGAGGAGGAGGAGGAGAAGGAAGUGAUGAAGAAGGAUGAGAAAACUAAAAAACCCCAGGAGAAAAUCAAGGUCUCCCAAAAGGAAGAUGGUCAAGACUCUUUGGAGGAACGGGACGUAGAGGAGGAGCAGGAGGAGAAAGAAACGAAGGAGAGGACCGCCUCGGAGACGUGGUCCUCGAAGGAAUAUUUUGGCCACGUCAAGAAAAGAGGUUCUAGGCAGCCCCAAAUCAGAAAGGGGAUGCUUCGGGGAGAGGAAGAAGGCCAGGAGAGAGAGGAAGUGGGCAAGAGACGCUUGAGGAUGGGUGAGGAAGAGAGGGAUGACCCUUCAGAAGAAGAGGAGCAGAAGAAAUACCAUCCGGGAGGACACAGUGAGGAUGAGAGCUGGGAGGAAGAGGAGGAAAGAUCUACUGUGGCCAAGAGGGUGGCGGAGAAGGCCAGCGAUGAGGAGACCGCCCAGUUCGAAGAAGAGAAGGGCCUUCAAAGCUCCAGGGCCCACCUCCAUAAAAGCUGGAAGCCAUGGAAGGAAGAUGCAGAGGAGGAGGACAACGACGACGACAAGACGAGACAUGGCCACCACCAUCCAUUGGUUGGCUUGGAGCUGAGGAAGAGACAUGGGAAGGAGGAAGUGGAUCCGAAGGGCAGACACCGCGCUCCGGAGGAAGAGGAGGAGGAGGAGGAGGAGAAGGACACCAGGCAGAGGAAGGUUGGUCUCCAGGCUCAGGAGGUGGAGAAACUGGAAGAGAUAGAACGGCAGCUGAAGUGGGCAGCCGACAAUCUAGAAGAACUGAAGCGGGGUUAAAUCCUGCAGCUGCCUCAGGAGCUGGGGAGGGUAGGAGAAAUCCUCUGCUCUCGAUCAAGUAGCCUUCUAUCAGCCCCCUCUCCUCCCUCCCUCCCUCUCUCUCUCUCUCUCUCUCUCUCUCUCUCUCUGAUCUUUGUAUUCAGCUUGGCUUUAGACUGUUAAUGAAGUUUCCCCCUUGCUUACAGUGAGAAUAAAGAAGAGAAUAUUCGUAGCUCAGGGCUGGGGUCCUGGAUGCUCUCUGGGCUGGGUGGUUUUCUUGCAGAUGUUUUGUGACCCAGCUAGGGAACGUCAUCAGGGCUAGAAGGGAGUGGGGUUUGUGGAGAGGAGGAGGAGGAAGAAGGAAGAGGAGAAGGAGGAGAAAAGCGAAGGAGAAGAAGAAAAGUGGAGUCCUUGAUGUCCGCAGAGCUUGGUAAUUCUCUUGCAGAUGUUUCAUGACCCAACAAGGUAGCAUCUUCAGUACGAGAAAGGACUGAGGUUUACUCUCUCUGUUUGUGUACAAGUGGUUUGCCCUGUCAGUGUUGGUUUCUUCUGCGAUCCUGGGUGCCCUCUGAGCUUGGUGGUUUUCUUGCAGACGUUUCGUAACCCAGCUAGGUAACAUCAUCAGUGCUGGGAGGCAGAGCGCUUGCUCUCUUCAUAGUCCCUUGAUUAAAGGGUUAAAGCAGUGUUUCUCAACCUGGACCAUUUUAAGACAUGUGGACUUCAAUUCCCAGAAUUCCACAGCCAGCAAUGCUGGCUGUGGAAUUCUGGGAGUUGAAGUCCACAUGUCUUAAAAUGGUCCAGGUUGAGAAACACUGGGUGAAAGGAACUUGGCAGGAGGAACUACCAACUCAGGCAAACCGUUAAUUACAUAGUAAGGAACCAUCAAGAACACUCCCACCAUCAUUGAGAGGGCAAGCCCCUUAUAUAUAUACAGAUCACAAAUCCCACUUCCCUCUGGAACUGAUGAUGUUAUCGAGUUGGGUCAUGAAAGGCUUGCAAAAAAACCCAUCAAGCUCAGAGAGCACCAAGGACUCCCCGAUUCUCCUUCUCUUCUACUAGCCUUGAUGAUGUUACCUAGUUGGGUAAUGAAACGACCACAAGGAAGCAAGCAAGCUCAGAGCGCACCACGGACCCCACAAAUACCCACCUGGCUCACAUUUUGUCGCAAACAGGGAGUCACUUACUUCCCAGGUAAACGAGCUUGAUCUGGCUAUCGAAGACGGUUCGAGGAACACUUUGUUCCAAGCCCCUGCUUGCUUUGAUCAACUCCUAAAAGCUUAAUGCUACAGAUGUAUUUUAUUCUAUGUUUUCGGUUACUUUAGAUGGCCAGUGGACAAGUUUGCAUUGCAGCUUUUCCACAUGGCAAUUCGAAGGAUGGUCCAACGGCACCAGGCUAUCCGUUCUGUGUUGUGCCUCAAGAUAAAAAUAAUAAUAAUAAUAUUUGUUUAAUCGGUGUUUUUCCCUUUUGACAACUUGAAGAUGGGUGGACUUCAACUCCCAGCGUUGGCCAGCCAGUGUGAAUUGAAGCCCACCCAUUCUCAAGUUGCCAGAGGUGAAAAUAGCAACUACUGCUCUGGGUUAACAGGGGCUCCCAUAACUUCAAAUGUCCACUCAUAGGAGAGGUGACCUGUUGCCUCUCUGCAUUUUGCUGUCGUAAGCUUGCCUUUUGCCUCACAACCGCUGCAGUAAUUCUGCUGCACCAUUGCGUCAGAUGCACUUCAAUCUGCACACACUGCGAAUAAAGAUAAUGACCUAAGACAGUG